ACGACCACAACCGAUAAUCCACAUUUGACCUACAAUAACCAUUUACUGCGCUCGCAUGUGCACUUGGUCAUGAGUAACGACGCGUCGACGCCGAAUCCACUUAGUGCGGGAGAACCGCGGCCCUCGUCGCAUCAAUCCCCCGAGUCGUUUUCGAGAGGUAUCGGCCAACAUGACGUGAGGGAGGUGGAGAUCGGGGAGCAUCACACAAGCACCAUCAGGCAAUGACCCAUCAUGCUCAUUCGCAUUCUCAUGGGGAGAAGAGUGUAGUUGCUCUACAGCGGUCGUAUAAAUACCGUGCUGCAGUUCGCCCGCUCCUCGGUCGAACGAGCGUCGUCCUCUGUGCGUUCCUCCUCAUCCUCGUCCUUGCAUACGUACAAGACACGCGUAUGCGUCUCUAUCAAUUGGCAACGACCGCCCUUGGGCUGCUCGGGCUCUCGGACCUGCGCCCAGCUACGGCGCUGACGAGCAACAACCUCACCGAUCUAGUCCAGUGGGAUCCGUAUUCGUUAUAUGUCAUGGGGCAGCGAAUCUUCCUAUGGUCGGGAGAAUUUCACACCUGGCGCCUGCCGGUACCCGACCUUUGGCCCGACAUCCUCCAAAAGGCAAAAGCCGCAGGGAUGAACACGAUCAGCAUCUAUGUUCACUGGGGACUCACGAAUCCUUCGAACGGAACGGUCGAUUUCACUGGAGUACGCGCUCUUGCCCCGUUAUUCGAUGCAGCUCUCGCCUCGGGACUCUGGGUCGUCGUUCGCCCUGGGCCAUAUAUCAACGCUGAGACGACUGCAGGCGGGAUCGCGCACUGGGUGACGAGCGAAGUCGCCGGACACCUUCGGACAAACGCGACAGAUUACGAGAGCUCUUGGGUCCCGUAUAUCAAGGGAAUUAUCGAAGAAUGCAAGCCGUACCAAAUCACGGAGGGUGGACCGAUCAUCGCGGUGCAAAUCGAUAAUGAGUACACCCAGGCGGACAGCCCCGGAUGGCCCGGAAAGGCUGAAUACUUCGAGCAAUUGGAAGCACUCUACAGGUCGGAGGGAAUAGUCGUGCCGUUGACAUAUAACGAUCCGGGCAUGGGUGACAACUUUGCACAUGGUCCAGGUUCAGUAGAUAUCUAUGGACUGGAUUCAUAUCCCCAGAGCUUCGACUGUUCCAACCCCUACGUCUGGAAUCCUGUGGUCACAAACUACUACACAUACCAUAUGCAAACCAGCCCAGAGGAACCGUUCUACAUUCCUGAAUUCCAGGGCGGAGCCUUCGAUCCUUGGGGACCAAAUGCGCCUGGGUAUGACAACUGCCGAAUCCUAACUGAUUCGGACUUCGAGCAAAUUUUCUAUCUCAACCUGUGGGCCAACAACGUCAAGAUGGCCAACUUCUACAUGCUAUACGGCGGUACCUCGUGGGGAUACCUCGCUUUCCACGGAGUGUACACCUCAUAUGACUAUGGCGCGUCCAUUGCCGAAACACGAAUUCUUACUCCCAAAUUUGCGGAGUUGAAGCGUGAAGGCCUCUUCCUCCGAAGCGUACCGGAAUUUUACAAGACGGACGUGAUUGGGAAUACGACCACGUCUGCAGUCGAAGUUUCCUCGCCGCUCAUUUUCGGCACUUACCUCCGCAACCCGGACACCGGCGCCGGGUUCUAUCUCGUCCGGCAGCAGAACUCAAGUUCGCUUGAGACGGUUACUUUCACCCUCCAGGCGAAUACUUCUGAGGGUGUCAUCACGCUGCCCCAAGACGGAUCCAGCAUCACCCUAACCAGCCGCGCCAGCAAGGUCAUUGUGCAUGAUCUGUACUUCGGUUCGUCUCAUCUCCUAUACUCGACCGCUGCUAUCCUCUUCGCUGGCACCAUCGGCGAACGCGAUGUUCUCUUCCUGUAUGGACCUGCAACAGACUCGCAUGAAGCCGCUUUCAAGCUAUCAGGUACCUCGUCUGCUAUCGUCAAUACCUCAGGUCCGUUAGAUAUCCAGACAUCAACGAUAAUGGACGGAACUCAUACGAUGGUGGACGUUCUCCCCGGCACCACCGGGCUGAGCUAUAUCUGGGAUUCUCCGUCUUCCCUUGUGCUGUUCGCAGACUCCGACACAGCUGGUACUUUCUGGGCGCCCACUAUCGCACAGUCAUCUGCAACCCAAUUCCAACAUUUCUACCAAUUCGGCACGAACGAGACCGUGCUUGUCGGUGGCCCUUAUCUCGUGCGCAACGCGUCCAUAUCCGGUGACACCCUUGAACUCCGCGGUGAUCUCAACGACACCACUUACCUGGUGGUUCUUGCACCGAGCAGCGUGACCAAAGUCACUUGGAAUGGAGAUGAGGUUGAGCUCGACGCUGGUACUUCGAAAGUCCCUUCAGCUACUGGUGUAUUGACCGCGACAUUGACCCCCAAGCUGACGGCUUCAAGCAUUUCACUUCCGUCCCUCAACGAAUGGAAGUACGCAGACAGUCUACCAGAGGUAUCAGGGAGCUACGACGAUUCUUACUGGACGACCGCCGACAAGUAUACUACAAACAUUCCCUACAAACCUAUAUACGGUGAUGGUCCAAUCUUGUAUGGAUGCGAUUAUGGAUACUGCGAAGGUGCAGUCCUCUGGCGUGGUCACUUCCAGGGUACCGGGAACGAAACGGGUAUUGAGCUACUCAUCAACGGAGGCGAAGCCUUCGCAGCCAGCGUAUGGCUGAAUUCCAAGUUCAUUGGGACCACCUACGGCAAUUCGUCCAACAACUUAAAUAUCCUUGAGGAAACCAACACACUCUUCCCGUUCCAAGGCGCUGUGAUCCCGGGAGUGGACAAUGUUGUCACUGUCAUCCAAGACAAUAUGGGCUUGAAUGAGACUCAAGAUGAUAAUGCGGACACAUCUAAGUGCCCACGAGGGAUCCGUGGAUACGAGAUACGUGGUCACAACUACUUCACCGAGUGGAAAGUCCAAGGAAAAUUAGGCGGCUACACCAAUUUCCCUGAUAAAACGCGCGGUGUAUUCAACGAGGGUGGCUUCUAUGGGGAAAGGGCCGGCUGGCACUUGCCUGGCUUUGAUGACUCUGCCUGGGAGAGCCGGUCCCUCUCCACGGGCUUGUCCAUCGCAGGUGUAGGAAUGUUUCGAACCACAUUCGAUCUGAAUAUACCUUCUGGAUUGGAUGUUCCAAUCUCGUUUGAUUUCGAUUCUUCAUUCCAGCCUUAUCGCGCGUUGCUGUUUGUAAAUGGGUGGCAGGUAGGCCGGCGAGUGGCAAAUUUAGGUCCACAAUAUAGUUUCCCUGUCCAACAAGGCAUUUUGGACUAUUCGGGUACUAAUACCGUGGCGGUCCUUCUCUGGGCGAUGGAGGAUGCGGGUGCUCAUGCCUCUCUCAACAUGACAAUCAACGGUGUCUUCGAGGGUGGUGUUGGUGCGAUCACUCUAGACAAUCCUCAGUGGAGUUCGCGCGGGCAACAUAUUUGAGAAAAUCAGAACGAGCUAUGUACUUUAGUUUAAUGUGAC